CGUUCUUGAUUUUAUUUUGAUUUAUUGUAUAUAUAUAUAUUGCAUUGACGGUGUUUGCAAGAUGACUAACUAAAGGUACUGUCUAUAAAAGUAACUUGUUAAACAGUCAGUAAUUCACUUCAAGUUGAAUUGUUAACAAGCAUGGCUUCAGAAUGCGUUUAUACCAUGGAGGACGUUUUAGAGAAGAUUGUCAAGAUAGGGACAAAGGUAGAGGAAAUAGAGAAAAGACUGAGUGCAAUAGAGGCUCAACAGACUGGAAAUUGUCCAGUCGUAAAAACUCCGAAGGUUGCCUUUAGAACCCAACUGAGCUCUAAUCUCGGACCUGUGUCAUCUGGUUCUACAAUAAAGUUUGAUCAGGUUGACCUUAACCUUGGCAAUGCAUAUAAUGACGGCGUCUUUACCGCACCGUAUAACGGCACGUAUAUAUUUUCGAUGGUACUUGGAAACCCUGCGGGAAAGCCUGGAGCCUUCUUCAUGAAGAAAGACGGCGUUGGAAUCAUGUAUGCUAUAGCUGGGCACACGACUGGAUGGAAUAUCGGCGGUGUCACCACAGUAGCUGAACUUGUUAUCGGUGACCGAGUGUGGGUUGAAGGUGAAGGACAUGUGUCUGGCGCUUAUCCCACCGCCAGAUACCACACUGGAUUCUCUGGCAUUCUUGUAAACGCGUACUGAACGGAAGCAGUGACAGCUACAAAAGAAACCUGACUUUUUUGUUUGGUAGAUUCAAGUAGUAGUAACACUCCUCCCUCCCCCAGACAUGCAGCAUUUAGCAUCCGUUCUCCCCCGAAUGCAGUCUUUACUCUUUUACCAAAGAAAGAUACCCAGAAAAAAAUGUGCAUUUAAUAAGAUUUGUUAUAAAGCUACACUUCUUCGAAUUUCACCUCAAAUGCCACAUAAUCCCAUGUUGGGAGCGUCCUAAAAUAUGUAUAUCUUCUUCUUCUUGUCGUUCGCGACUACACUGUCAGACCAGUAGCCUCGAUGAAACUUGUGGUUUGCCGCAGAUCCUCAAUACCUCCAUACAGUUUCUGGUGGAUUGAGGUAUCUAUCGGCCAAGCCGCAGCUCGCUCCUGGUCAUGCCUUUUACAUCUCUGAAGUAUAUGCUCCGCAGUCUGAUCUUCUUCACCACAUGGACAAGUUGGCGAUGAUGCCAGUCUGUAUUUCUUGUACAAUAUGUAUAUAAAACACCCUAAUAUCUGUAUUUUUUUUCCAAACAAUAAAAGUUGCGAUAUAAUUUUAUUGAACAUACCGUUUCUACUGUCACUGCUUUUCUAUAAAGUAAUCCUAUUGGGUUUUUUUAUUUUUUAUUUUACUUCUUAAAUUUGACACAGAUCAGGAGCAAACUUAUAAUCGAACAAUUUGGGCUUUCCAAAUUAAGACAAUAUUGUCGGACCUAGGACUGAUAUAUCUUUGGAAUGAACAAUUUUAUAUCGAAAUCCCCUUUAAUACAAAUAAGCAGUGGAUUAUUGAUACAUACUUACAAUCAUGGUAUUCUAAUAUAAACAACUCUAGUCGUUUGAAAAUAUACUGCAUUUUAAGCAUAAUUUUGUACUGGAAAAAUAUCUGAAAACUGUUAUUGAAAACAAGUACCUUGUCAAGAUUCAGAGUAUCAUCACAUGACCUGUUUAUUGAAACCGGAAGGUACCAUAAUAUUCCACGCGAAGAAAGAAUCUGUAAACCAUGUAAUAUGCAAAAACCGGAAACAGAGUUUCACUUCCUUCUUGUAUGUCCGCACUAUCGAGAAUUAAGAGUUAAAUUCUUCAAACCUUAUUAUGUCCAUUGGCCAACCCUUCAAAAAUUUGAUGCUCUUAUGUCAACUUCUUCCAGAAAGAUUAUUUACAAACUUGCAGAAUUUAUUUACUUUGCAAACAAAAAACGUAUUACGUCAUGAAUAUAUUGUAUUAUUCUGUUCAUUCAUAACUUUUGUUCUUCAGAAACGUAUGAACUAUUGCUCUCACUGCAUAUUGUUAGGUUAAUUUCAUAGCUAUAAACAUUUUAUAUGAUGUUUAAUGCUAAUAAAGUAUAUUGUAUUGUU